AUGCCCAAUCGUGUGAGAAAAUCGUACUCUGUGGAAUAUGUGAAUAAUACUAUUGACAGUCUUGCUUAUGACAACAACCAACAAAUUUGCUUUAUGGUCAUGGGAGAUUAUGUGAUUCAAGAAUUGCAAGUUCCUUCAUGGGUCGAUAUUUCAUAUCCUCAAGUUGUGGACUAUUCUCUAAAUCAAACACUUUCACACACGUUGACAGUUUAUUACUAUGACUGGUAUGCAGAAGUUAUCAAUAAGCCUCAUCGAUACUUUUUCGAUCAUGUACUCUCCUCUCAACAAGUUUCUCUUCCCAAUGAAAGUGAUGCCCUACUUUACAGAUUUAAUAUGGUUGGAGCAAGUGGUCAACAUCCCUCUGCACCAAGCUACCCAGGUACUGGAUUGGUGAACUUUGAAUUUUCAUUCAAUGCCUCAGCAGGAUUCUUGGAUGUGAAUGGACAACCUGUGGACAUUGAUGUGGAAACUCUUUCAUGUGCCUAUGAAAAGAAGAACUCAAAUUCUCUCUCUUUGAAAGAUGGAACCUCUCAGGUAGAUCUUCAAAAACAAGUACUCCAAUGUAGAUGGUACGGAGCAUCAGACAUGGAUUUGGUAUCGAUUGGAUUGGUGGCAUCAAGGAAAACUUUACCUCCAAAACCAACACCAUCAACAUCACCAACACCAACAAACAAAGAUACUGAGACUAUUAUUAUUGCAGUCUCUGCUUCUGUUGGAGGCACCGUUUUGUUACUUGUGAUUGGAUGUGUGGCCCUUUCGAUGGCCUAUUACCUUUUCAUCAAGAAGAGAAAAGCCAAGUACCAGAACUUGUAA